UAAGAGGGAGGAGAGUGGCGGAGGCCACGGGACUUACCUGGGAGCUUACCUGUGACGCCAUGGCUCCAGCUUCCUACCUGCAGCAAGGUGCCACCUUUCACAGCGGUGCCACGUCAGCGGUGCCAUGUCAGCAGUGCCACAUCAGCAGUGCCACGUCAACAGCAGUGCCACGUCAGCAGUGCCAUGUCAGCAGCAGUGCCAUGUCAGCAGUGCCACGUCAGCAGUGCCGCACCAGCAGUGCCAUGUCAGCAGUGCCACGUCAGCAGUGCCCCGUCACCAUGCCGGCUCCAGCUUUGUGCAUGCUGGGCCAACUUGCCGGCGAGUCCAUUGCCGAUUUCCGCAAGCGGAUCCAAGAUCAGCUCGCGCAGAUCGAGGCUGAGGAACAGCGCCAGGCGGAAGCCGAGGCUGCCCGUCCACAGGCUGAAGCAGAGGCAGCCGCUGAAAAGCAGCGCCUUCAAGCUGCAGCUGACGCAGAUGCCCAGGCCCGCUGCAAGCAGGCCCGAGAUCUGCUGCAGCGGCACGAAGCCGCCAGCGUCGACAGGCUCAAGUCUUGGCACUUUGAACCAUCCGAGGGCCACGACGACGCAACACCGGAAGAGCAACACGAGGAGUUUCUCUCCAAACUCGUGACCUGGUUGGUUUACACUUUGCUUAACCACAAGGGUCUGCACGAGGAUGCCACACGCGCACUUCAUACCCGUGUACAUGACUUGGAGCAAGCAGCAUCAAGACCAGAUGCUGGCGAACCCAGCAAUGCAGCCUCAACCCGCCAGUUGGAGCAACGACUCGACCAUGUACUCGCGAUGCUCGGCGACAUCAACACUUUCCCCGCACCAGCCAUCAUCAGCGAGCAGCUCGGCACCUUGAAGACCGAGGUUAGGCAGCUACAGCAGCCGCCCACCAACAAUGGCAGCACUGGUGCACCGCCACAGUACAAGAUGCCAACGUUCCGGAUUGAGAAGUUUGAUGACUAUACGCAUCAGGACCCAGUCAUCUGGUGGCAGGCCUUUACGAGGGAGAUUCAGAUUCAUCGGGUCCCCGACUACUUGUACAUCUCGGCGCUGUUCCUCAACGCCACGGGUGGAUGCCAGAUCUGGCUCAAUGACAUGGCAACCAUCCACGACGUCCAGGUCACCGACCUUCAUCAAAAGAUCUCAUGGGAAGAUCUGACGAAGGAAUGGAAGAAGCGGUUCAUCGUUGACGACGCCCCGGCGCUCGCCAUCAAUCGCCUCUUCGCCAUGACUCAAAGCAAAACACCGACACGCGACUGGAUCAUGGAAUGGCAAAAGAUUGUGGAAACACCCGAUCUCGACUUGCCAUUUUCGCAUCUGCGCUGCGAGUUCUACAACCGGUCGUGUGCCGCCUUGAGCCUCUCUCUCGGUGAUCGUGAAAAGUACACGACCUUCGCCGAAAUCAUCGAUAAGGCUCGUGAGAUCGUCAAGACCAACCGGGCUGCCACACACGAGAAAUCCGCGUCACAUCCUGCCUAUGUGAAGAAAGGAAAAUUUGCUUCGCCGCCAAUUUUCGUCGGGGACUCGACGUCAUGGUCAAGACCUGAGGAACUUGACCCGUUGACGAUUGCGGACUUCCAAUGGAUGCCCCUUCCCCCGAACGGUCGAUUGUCGAAACCGCAUUGCAACGUGCUCAUGGCACGAUUGCGGGAGUACUUGCACACUGCAGUACCAGCUCCGUUGAUGGAUGCUGGAGUAAAGGUUGUCGACUUUCGCGAUUACCUUGCGAAGAUCGACCGCGAGUACAAGACACAACGUCGGAGUUUGGGCGAGCAUGUGGCCCACCUGCAAACCGCCUUGGAGCGGCUACGACAAGCCAAGUACAAAGCCAACUGUGACAAAUGCGAAUUCGCGCGGGGCCAGGGAGACUUACCUGGGAGCUUACCUGUGACGCCAUCGCUCCAGCUCGUCUUCGCAAGGCGCCACCUUUCACAGCUCUUGGAGGUAGGCGGUCAGCUUCUGCGGGCGCUUGUCGGGAGGAUGUCUAUGCAGCUGCAGAAGGGGUCUGAGGUUGACGGGGGGGCAAUCUCGUUGGCCGCUUGGUUGGCAGACAUCAAUCAAGACAUGCUGGACAUCAUCUGGGAGCUGGAGGAGGGGCCGGAUCCCCAGCUCGAUGCCCUCAUUGAUUGGGGGUGGGCGGAUGCUCUGAUGGCUGUCUGUAACUCCCUUUUCGCCCAGGGAUCUCAUUUACGUGACCAACUCGAGGCUCGCGCCAUGGGAGUGGGUGGAGGUUUUGUUCCCACCAUCAAUUCUCCCGAUGAGGGAUCUACCAGUGAUGAAGGCACUGCCACUGCGACGGCCUUUCCCGCCAUCCUUCCUCACAAUACCACAAUCAAGUCAACAUCAACCAUACUACUGGACGGGGGUGACAACAACAUCCGCUAUUCUGUUAACCAAGAUGAUGAUGACGACUGCGGCUAUCACGGUGACGACGACGAUGGCAUUUCAGCCCAAGCGCGCCGCGGCAGGGGAAGACUGCAACACGGAUUUGUCAUCUCCUCCCCCCCCUCCGAUUGCGAUGCUGCUCAUCUCAUUUUUUGCAACGACAGCAACAAUACUGUUCUUACUGACACUCACAUCAUUGUUCACAACAACGGCGCCAAUACCAAUACCAACAACAAUAACAACAAGUGCAUCAACAACAACCCCAAUCACCACGUGGACGUUGGUGAUGCUCAAGGGAGCAGCGGGUUGCGCUAUAGCAUCGGGGUGGCUGUGCUUCUCAUCCCAGAGCUUCAUUUUCGGAAUCGGACUCAGCAGAGGGAGCCGUUGGAGGCGUCUGGUGGCGUCCGUUAUGCCGACGAUGAUGAUGAAGAUAAUGAUGAUGAUGAUGAUGAUGAUCAUGAUGAUGAUACUGAUGAUGAUGAUACUGAUGAUGAUGAUGAUGAUGAUGAUGAUGAUGAUGAUGAUGAAGCUGAUGAUGAAGAUGAUGAUGAUGAAACUGAUGAUGAAGAUGAUAAUGACUGGGCGUUCUAUUCAGGUGAAGACGGUAGUCUCCAUUCGAAAACUUCUCCUGCAGCUUCUUGUUGUUCUUCUUUCUCCAGCCUUCCCCGUUCACUAUGGUUUCUUGACUACCAGUUUGGGAACCACCCUUACCUUUACCCGCUUGAACAACAAAUAUGCGGCUUGUUUACGCCCGCAACUUCUGGGGGUCGGGGUACUGGAACAAAAUGGCUGGCAGCGCCUGUCAAAAUGAGGUCCGGCGAUCAAGGCAUUUUCAGGCUUGGCUUCAAUAUCGGGCGAGGUGUAGCUCCCCACCACUAGAUGGAGCAGCCCGGUAGGCAAACCCUGAAUCUCGGUGGUGCUCUUAUCACUACCAGGAUAAAGGUUUUGCACAAGG